CAUAAAGCAGCCUCCAUGUUGCACACGGAAUGUAGGGCCAACAGACAAGAACCGCUGGCUUAAAAGUGUUAGCUAACUCCAUCUUUUAACAACGUUGCGUUGGAUAAAUGUUGUUGUUUUUUUGGACAGGACCAAUUCUCAGACGGGCUUCCGAGCGGUUUUUCAACGCUGUUCCAAGUCACGGCCUCACAUUGUGGAUGACCGGAGCUUUGCCGCUAACUCGCUAAUACAAGCUAACUGUAGCUAGUUAGCAAUUGGACGUCGCCUGUUUGUUUUUUUGUUUGUUUUUAUCGAACCACGCAUGCUGUUUGUGCUGCCCGCAAAAUACUCGUUCGGAGCGAUGAUAUUUUGCAGAGAGCCAUAAAUGACAGCCUCCCACUGGCUCUCAUUCACCACCGUGCUAGUUGACUGGCUACCGCCGCUGCACCGACACUCCGCCACGGACGGUCGCCUAGCUUUGUGGGCUAACUGGUCAUCCUCAGCCUGAGCAGCUAGCUAGCGGUAGCAAGCGCGUUGUACUUCGAAUAACAUUGUGGGAAGCAAAACAGGAACAGCCACCCGUCUAAAUGGACCACAUGUCCAUAAUAACACAGGUCUCCAACCCAAAGGAGGAGGAAAUAAUAUCUUUUAACCAAGAAAAAGCAUCCAAGUCGAAAAAUGGCCUCAAGAAGCAGAGGAGUCGGGGCAUCUUCAGCACGUUCUUCUGCUGCUUCCGCAACUACAAUGUGGAGCCACCAGCCACAAACGCCAACACCAGCCCAUUGCCUCCACCUGUCGAGGAGAACGGAUCACCUCCCAAAUGUGACCAGGUCGAGGUCAUCCCUGUCCCUAGUCCACCAGCUAAAUACCUCCUACCAGAGAUGAAAAUAUCAGACUAUGGCAAAAAGUGUGUGGUUAUUGACUUGGAUGAAACGCUUGUCCACAGCUCAUUCAAGCCAAUCAGCAAUGCUGAUUUUAUUGUUCCAGUGGAGAUCGAUGGUACCGUUCAUCAGGUGUAUGUGCUGAAACGACCCCACGUGGAUGAGUUUCUCCAAAAGAUGGGAGAGCUAUUUGAAUGUGUGCUCUUUACAGCCAGUCUUGCCAAGUAUGCAGACCCUGUGGCAGACCUGCUGGACCAGUGGGGCGUUUUUCGAGCGCGACUCUUUAGAGAAUCUUGCGUUUUUCACAGAGGAAACUAUGUGAAAGACCUCAGCCGGCUGGGACGAGAGCUCAGCAAUGUCAUCAUCGUUGACAAUUCACCCGCCUCUUAUAUUUUCCACCCAGAAAAUGCUGUCCCGGUCCAGUCCUGGUUUGACGACAUGAAUGACACCGAGCUUCUGGACCUGCUGCCUUUCUUUGAGGGACUCAGCAAAGAAGAGGAGGUUUAUGGAGUCCUGCAGAAUCUGAGAAGCAGGUAGCAGGACAGACCACAGCACCACCUGUGCUCUCUUCUCUCCUCUCUAUCAAUCUCUGCCCCCUUUCUACAACCACAUCUCUCAGACUCAGGCAGAUCCUCCCACAUGCGCCCCUCUUGUCUCUGCCCCAAGGGGACGCCUCGGAGUCUCACUGUGGAAACCUUAAUCCUGUCUUUGCUCUCAUCUCCUGGUGACUGGCUGCCUACUGUGUGCCAUCAAAAAAAGAAAAACACAAACACUUUAUAUCCCAGGAGCACUGUGUCUCACACAAAAACACACCAGAAAGUGAACAGAGUCCUAAGUUGGUUAAUAUUGGGGACAAAAUGCUAAGAGGAAUGAACUCUGGUCUUUAUUUUCAAAUCAACAAAGUUUUACUGUUUGGUGAAGUGCUUAUUUUAAAACCAAAAAACAAAACAUCCGUUUGUCCGAACCUUCUUUUGUGGUACCACACAAAAGCCUGGAAAGAUUUGGUCCUCUGACGUUGCUAUGCAGGCAGUUUCUGGUAGUAGAAGGGACUGUGAUUCUCUUUUCUUACUGAAUGAAGUGCCUUGUGUGACUGUUGUUUAUAUGGGGAGAUAUUUUGUAUAUGGCCUAUUUCCUUAGUACUUCAGUCUUUUCACACAUAAAAUGCUUUAAUGUGGACACAGAAGCAUCUUUAUACAAAGGUUUUUUUUUUUCUCCCUUUGUUCAUCAAGUGCUGGGUAAAUGUCUCCAUAUUCUUCUUUUUUCCCCAGUAUGCUUGUGCCAUUAUAUAGAUGUGACUUUUGUUUCUUUCUGCUUUCAUUACUCAUAGAUAGUUGUUUUGUUUUAGACAACAGACUUUGUUUGCAAUUUGCGUUUGACUAGUUUUGAUCUGAAAGCUCAGAUAAACUUGUGCCAUUUAUUUGUCCCCCACAUUACUCCCCCUUAUCUCAUUUUAUUAUUUGCCAAACAAGGAAAUUAUUUUUUAACAGGCUUCAUAUCUUUAACAGGGGUUCAACUGAACUAUUAGUACUAAGCAUAGCAUUAUAGAUUUUUAUUCUUUUGACAAAUGUUAAAUUGAUUUGCGUGUUUUUAUUGUUAUGAGGUCUUUGUUUCGUCAUGCUUAUCAGAUGGCUAGCUCUUAGCGCACACUUAUUUUUAUUAUUAUUUAUUCUUCUUUAAUUUUUGGCACUGUGUUAAGUGGUGCUGCUCCACCACCUUUAGGGGAUAAUCUCCUACAUUGUACACGGAUUCAAAAGGUAUCUUAUUUUUUUCUUCAACCUCAUAGUAAAUGGUUUGAGUGCCAUGUUUUUACUUUUCCAUGGUUACCGUCUUUAGGGAAUAUAGGGAAAGUGUCGGACCGAGUCUGGACAGUGUUGAAACCGUGCCGUUUUCUCCUGCUUUACAAACAGUAAUGGCCUGGCCCCGCCCAGAAACACUGGAGAUGGUGUGCGGUGUUUACUUUCCUGGACUCUCUUUCUCUGUCUUUCUUUUGUCUUUUUUUUGUUUGAAACUGCUCUCUCACCUCAGUGCCUACCUUUGAGAGGAGCCACACAAACUGAAUGCUGCAACAUUAGCAACCAUGGCAAUAAAACCCUCGGGGGGGCAGUUUCCAUCACAGGUGUUUGGUUUGGGUGUCUAGAGCAGUCGGCAAAGCUGGACGACAGGCUUUGCCCGGUCAGUGUUCAUGAACAAACCACCAGGCAUUAAUUUCUCACAGUAUUUGAUCCAUAAGGCUGCACAUGCACAUAAUCUGCUCAGUAUAGAAUAAUAACACUUAAUUACAGUGCAGUAACGACAUGGUAAUAUUGUGGUAACAGUGUUGUAAUGGGGAAGUACUGUAUGGUAAUACCAUGUUAUUUCAAAUGGAAUUUCCAUCUUGUUAUUAACAAUGGUAACAUUGUGUUAAUAAGGAGAGUAUUACAAUAAUACCAUCUUAUUUCUAAAAUAACAUCCAGUUCAUAAGUUGGUAAUUAUUAUGACUAAGCUACCAUCAGUGUGGAUUUGAAUUACUAUAAAAUUAAGUUGAAAUUCAUACCACAGAUCUUGAUAAAUACAGAAAUGAAAUGGUAAUAACAGAAUACUACUUGCCAAUUGCAAACUUGCAUACAUAUUACCAUGCUGUUACUGUACUAUAAGUGUAUUAUUUACUUUUAAAUCAUUAAAAGCUUUGUUUUUCCUCCACUUAAGUAUUGAAAUGACGUCGCUUGUUUUAUCAUCAGCAGCCAAACGACCUUGUGACAUUUAAUCACUUGCCAUAGUUCUCAGCUUCUGUUGUGGAAGAAAGUCAAAGGACAGAAAAUGGACGCCUGCCUUCCUAAGCUUCAGAUGGGUGCUGAGUCAUGGACAGCCGUCCACGUGUUAGGGGCCAGCUCUAAAUGAACCUACUGGGCCACCACUAAAGGACUGUGAAGAACCUCAUCAUGGCAUCGAUGCCUUACUGCCCACGGAGGCACAACAAAGCAAUGUUGCUUCAUCGAUUCCGGCCUCAUUAGUAUUUUGUGGACCAUAUUAUGGUUUAGAUGAACUGACAUUGUGAAACAAUAAAAUGAAGCACGAUGAAGCUCCGUCGUGCCAUCUCGGGAUUGUACGCCCUGACAAACCUCAUUAUUAGCUUUAUUGCUGGGUUUAUUGGUCGUGAUGUGUUGGUUGGUAUCGACACUACUUUGUCAUCCCCCUCGAUGAAAGGCUGCUGUUCCUUGGGACGUAUUAUAGCGUUAUCUUUUGUUUGCAUCAGUGGUGACGAUUGCUCUGCUCAUGAUGGUGGCGAUGAGGAGGAGGGUUUCAGUGCAAUGUCCUUUUUUCUAAGAAGUGAUUCUUUCUCAACUUCUCGAUGAUUACCUUUUGUCUGAUAAGUGUUGUUUGUAUCAUUGUGAUAUUUUUCUACCUUUUUUUUUGUCAGUAUUUGGUUUGAAACGUUGCAUCUUGCCCUUUGUAUCCAGCCAUCUGUUCCUCUUUGUUUCACAUCAGUCGUGUCCCUGCUCUCUUGCCAUUGGUAAGAAUUCUCAGUCAGGUCUCAUCUUUCCUAUCGGGGGACACUUUUGUGUGUGUGUGUGGGGGUGUGUUAUAGUUUUUCUUUGUGUAUCACUUAACUCAAAAUCACACAUUCAUCAUUUUGUAUUGAUUUAACACCAAAGUUCUUCAACACUUGAGUUCAAGACACACACUUUUUGUUCACGUCGGUUUACGUUGAGUGUCGGUAAUGUGUCGUCAUCUGAGCAUCAGUUUCUUUUUUUUCUUUCCUUCCAUAAUAAAAGGCUUCAUUGAAACAA